GCGAUGUGGCGCGCGCGGAUGCUGCUGCUGGCGCCGCUGCUGGUGGCCGCGGCCGGCGCUGUCGCUUCGCUCGACUCCUGGGAGACAGUGCGCAACUGGAGCGUGCAGCCCGUGUGCGUGCCCAUCCCGCGCAACAUGAGCCUGUGUAGGGACAUCGGCUACACGCGGCUCCGGCUGCCCAACCUGCUGCAGCACGACAGCCUCUCCGAGCUGGUCAUGCAGUCAGCCACGUGGACGCCGCUAUUGAACCUGCGCUGUGACCCGGACACCAAGCUCUUCUUGUGCUCGCUGUACGCGCCCAUCUGCCUGGAGCGGCCCAUCUACCCGUGCCGCAGCCUCUGCCAGAAGGUGGAGCUAGGCUGCGGUGCGCGCAUGGCCGAGUACGGCUUCCCCUGGCCUGAUAUCGUGCGCUGUGACAAGUUUCCGGUCGACAAUGACAUGUGCAUCAAGGCACAGUCGGGCAAGAAGUCUCCAGAAAAGCCGCUCGACGACGACUGCCAGGCGUGCGAACAGCCAGAGACCAAGGAGAACAUCAUGGACCACUAUUGCCGGUCCGAUGUAGUGGUGGUCGCCAAGUUCCGGCGAAUCCAAGCCGGGCAGGCGCAGUGCGGCAAAGCGCGCCUCUUCAAGCCGCAGUCACCCAGCCGGCAGGAGCGGCGCGCGCUGCGCCGACCGAGCCUGGUCUGGAACCAGGACUCGGCCUGCUGCCCGCACGUGCGACCCCAGGCUGGCAAGUACCUGGUGAUGGCGCGCCGGCGCGAGGGCCGACUCGUGCCCUCUCUCAUCGUGUCCUGGAAACGCAACAAGCUGUUUCGCUCGGUGCGCGGCCUCCUGCGCCGCUUCAACUGCUCGGACGCGCGUGCCAUCCAGCAGAAGGUGCUGCCGCCGCUGGCGCCGCGCCGGCCGGGAGCCGGGCGUCGGCGGCAGCGCAAACGCCAGAGCCGCCAACGGCGUAAGAAGGGCGGGCGCCGGGGCCCGGGGUGA